AUGGUAUUUUCAGUUCAGUUAUUACAGGUACCUAUUACACAGCUCCAGAAGAAAGUUGAGGAGCUCAAAGAAGAGGAAGAAAUAAAGGUGGAAAGCUAUAAAAAUGUUCUGAGAGACAAACAGCAGUUGGAGGGAGCUAAAAAUGAAGUAUUGAACUACAUGAAAGCUGAAAAUGAGAUUGCAAAAUUAAGAAAUGAGCUGAUGCAGAAGUACAUAAAAGAUAAUCAAGAGUUAAUUGAUAAAGAAGAACAAGAGAAGUCUGAACUUCAGAGACUGCUAGGAGAGAAACUGUCAGAAGUAGAAAUCAUUCAAAAAGAAAAAAAGGAAUUACUUGAAAACAUUGAUGAAUUAAAUCAAGAGAGAGAUCAGCAGGUAAUGAAAAAAGACAAGUUGAACCAAAAGUCUGGAAGUUAUAAUAAUGAAGGUGCUGGCCUGAAAGCAGAGGCUGAAGCAGCUGCAGAGAAGCAGGCAAGAAUGAAUGAAUUGCUGCAAGAUGAGAAAAAACAGCUAUCAGAUUAUGAAGAGCUGUAUGAGAAAUAUCAAGGGCAGUUGAUGAAAUUUAAGGAUGAAGAAAUUCAGAUUAAUAGUGACUGUAUUCAACUUGAUGCCCAACUGAAGGAAGCUCUGGAACACGUUAAGGAAGAUAUUGCUAACCUAUGUGAGGAAAAGGAUUCUCUCCAGUACAAGCUCACUAAAAUUCAGGAAGUUGUUGAUGGGAAAAAAUCACAGUAUGAAGUAGCAAAAUCUGAGUUAGAAGUAUAUGUUCUUCCUGAAAGUACAGAAAAAGAAAAGUUGAAGCUUUUGAUUCAGAAUCUUGAGAAAAUGACUGAACGUCUCUUAAAAACAAAGGAUGGUAUUGUGAGUGGUAAUGCCCUUUUUAAAGAAGUCCUAGUUCUUACAGUACAAGAGGAAAAACAACAAAUGCUGGAAAGAUUCCCUGUUGUGGAAAAGGAUUUAAUGCUGGCCAAAGAUGAAAAGAAACAACUGGCACAUGAAGAGGAAAUAUGUUCAAAACAACUGAAUGUUAUUCGAAUGAAAUUACAUGAAUCUCAUCAAACAAUGAGAAAAUCAGUUUCAAGUAAUAAAGUUGUCGAAUAUUUGACGAACUGCAAGUUGCAGAAUAAGUUACCAGGUUUCUUUGGAAGAUUGGGAGACCUUGGUGCCAUAGACGAGAUGUACUAUGUGGCAGUUUCAACAGCCUGUGGUUAUUUAAACUACAUGGUAGUUGAUACAGGAAAACAGCACAGGAAAGCCUAG